AUGGCGGCGGCCGGUUGGAGAAGAUUUUGGUCCCGCAGCCCCGACGCGGCGGCGGCGGCGGCGGCGAAGAAGCCCGGAGCCUGGGCGCGUUUGGGUAUCUGGGCCCGGGCGCUGCUGCGGGACUACGCCGAGGCGUGCGGGGACACGGUGGCGGCGGCGCGGGCCCGGCCCGGGCGAUCGGCGGUCUACGCGGGGCUGCUGGGCGGCCUGGCGGCGUGCUGCGCGCUGUGCCCGGACGAGGCGGCCUUCGAGGCGGCGCUGCUGGACGCGUCGGGCUCGCUGCUGCUGCUCGCCCCGGCCACGCGCAACCCGGCCUCGGAGGAGCUGGUGCAGCGGCUGCUGUGGCUGCGGGGCCGCGGGCGGCUGCGGCUCGUGCAGCUCGGCCCCUGUGCGCUGGUGUACGAGGCGCCGUGCGACGCCCAGGCCAGCCUCUACCAGGCCCGCUGCCGCUACCUGCAGCCCCGCUGGAGCGACUUCCCCGCCCGGGUGCUCGACGUGGGCUUUGCGGGCCGCUGGUGGGUGCUGGCCGCCCGCAUGCGUGACUGCGACGUCAACGACGGCGAGUUCCAGCACCUGCCCGCGCACCUCCGCGUCGUCGGGCCUCACCAGCUGCGCUCCGAGUUCAACGAGCGGCUCUUCGAACAGAAGUACCAGCCCGUGGUCCUCACCGACGACCAGGUGGACCAGGCGCUGUGGGAGGAGCAGGUUCUGCAGAAGGAGAGGAAGGACCAGCUGGUGCUGAGCCAGGCGGACUCCAUGGUGCAGGCGGCGCAGGACCAGGGCGACAGAUGAAAGGGGGUGUGCCAAGUAGAGGGUCAUGCGCUCCACGCCAUGCCAAGGGCUCCUCGGGGGCUUUCAGAGGUGUUGCACCCCAGAGAUCUAGUGCCCGCUCACCGGUUCCUUGAAGCCAGUGGAGAAACUUCUGGAUAUGGGACCGGGCUAGCAGGAUGCCAGGACCUAGAUCUCACUGCUCAGUCGGAUGCUUAGGUUUUGGGUCCGCAUUCCUCUGGGAUCCACAUGAACAUGCGAUGUGGAACUAUUUCUCCUCUUUCAUUAUCCCUGUCAGUGUUGAGUCUCCCCAUAACCCUUUGGCUGUUGGCGCCAAGGAACAGGCUAGAAGUUUGUUUUGACCACAAAAAGUGCUAUUUUUACUCCCAGGAAACUAUCCCAGGACUCGUGGAUUUCACAGGGACUCGCAGCAGGAUCCUCUGGCAUGGAUAUGGGGUGUGGGAGAACAUGCUGGUGAGAUUUUCUGUCCCGGGCUCGAUCCCCGCCAUCACAUAUAUCGCAUAUGGUCCUCUGAGCCUGCCAAGAGCGAUUUCUGAGCCAGGAGUAACCUGGCUGAGCACUGCCAGGUGUGGCC